AGAUCAGUGAGUGUCACACACAGCAUAUUUAAUGCUGAGUUGUGCGUCAAUCAUUCUGGCUUGAAGCUAAACAAUGGAAACCAAAACAACUCUUGAUAGGAUUAAGUUGACUGUGGUUUUGUAGACCAACACAGCUCUAAUGUAGGGACUUAUCUGAUAUAACGUGAAACUAUGCUCCCUCUGUCCAGGAAAAAACGGCAAUAAAGAUGGUUAAGAUCUUUGUUGGCAACCUAUCCUCAAGCACGACCGCGGAAGAUCUGCGCUCUCUUUUUUCUGACUACGGCAAAGUAAAAGAGUGUGACGUCCUGAAAAACUAUGGAUUUGUGCACAUGGAGGGUAAGCAGGAGGCCGAAGAGGUUGUUCGCAAACUCCACCUUCACGAGCUGAAAGGUCAAGCCAUAAAUGUGGAGAUUAGCAAAAAGAAGCCCAGGGGCUCCACCAAACUGCAUGUGAGCGACAUCUGCAGUGGCUGCACCAAUCAGGAGCUCCGGGCCAAGUUUGAGGAGUAUGGCCCUGUGGUUGAGUGUGACAUAGUGAAGGACUAUGCUUUCGUUCACAUGGAGCGAAUGGAGGAUGCCAUGGAGGCCAUCAGUGGGCUGGAUAACACGACCUUCCAAGGCAAGCUGAUCAAAGUACAACUGUCCACAAGUCGCCUCCGUACAGCACCUGGCAUGGGAGACCAAACUGGCUGUUACAUCUGUGGAGAACAGGGCCACUGGUCCAAAGAUUGCAGACGCCGCCAAAACGGUAGCUAUGGCGGAGGCAUGGGGGGAUUCCCCGGCGGUAGAGGCCCCCCAAGGAGCGCUCCGAAUUACGGCAUGGGCGGCCCUGGAGGUCUUCCUAAUAGAGGUUAUCCAGCAGGGCCGCUCCCCCCUCUCCCGCCCAUGAGCCGGCGUCCCAGCUACGGCGAGUACGGCGCGGGUGCUCGAGAACGGUACCUCAGCAGGCCACUGAGCGCCUAUCCUGAGAGCCCGUCCACAUUUGUGCGAGAACGCCACGGAAGCAUUGUCUAUUACAAGAAGUAUCCGACUGGCUCUAGCUUCUUCGAGGAUAGUAGGCUUCUCUCUAUUCCCCCUCCUCCCCCCCCUCACUCUUCUUCCUCUCUCUCAAGGAUGAGGUUGACUCCUCCCAGCCUCGAACCCUAUGAGCGACGUCUUCUGGCGCCUCCGCCUCCCACGGCAUCAGCGUACUUCUCGCGGGACCGUAGCCCUAUCAGACGUGUAGGCUCUGGUUCGGAAGGCUACUCAUAUGAGCGCUCGCGACUUUCCCUGGUAUCAAGGAGCUCAUCGACUUACAGCGUGCCGCGGCCCAGAGAAAACUACACCGAGCGGGUUCGAUACGCAUACUAAGCCACACACAUGCUAAGGUGUUGUCAAGUGAAGAGGCUUCCCCUCCACCUAUAUGACUUUGCCUCAAUCAGAUGCUCCAUCGGAUUUCAAAGAUGAUGGAUUGGAUGGGCACUUCAGAUGCUCCAUCGGAUUUCAAAGAUGCAGGAUUGGAUGGGCACUUUGAUCACAAUACUCAUCAGCUCUGCUCAUUAACGUUUUACCCAUAAUGCACAAACUGCUGUUUAAUUUCCUUUUCCAAUGGAGACAUCUGUGUAUGAUUACAAGAAGUGGUUGUGGUUUUUGUUUUGCUUUUCAUUUGUAUCCAGAGGUAAGUUAGGGUGUCUAAUGUCAGCAUAACUUUACCUCUGCUAUUAACUACAGUUACACAGACACUCUGUGAGAUUUAAAAUGUUACUUUAGUCUCUGCUUUCCUCCAGUCAAGUUGUGAUACACUAUAAUUUACCCCUUUUAAUUUUCCAACACUAUACUUCAGUUGUCAGGUUGGUUUGCCACCUAAUUUCUUUGAUUUAUGAUUUGUGAGGACAAUCUGGUUAUGUUUCUUCUGGCAAAAUAAUGCCAGCGUUGUGUAUUUAUAGGGGUAGUGGCAAUCUAAUGAAUCCUGUGGCUGCAAAAAGCUUUUUGGGGAAAAAAAAUAAAUUCAACAUUCCUACAUUCUUUUUAUUAUUUGCUACAGGUGGUUGGUAUAUACAGUCUGUUCAGAUUCGAAUUUUACUUGCUUGUUGAAUUGUGUUAUAUCUAAUUGAUAUGUAAAACAGGAUGGUAAACGUUUCUUCUACCAAUAUCUGUGAGUUUUUGUGAUUUGGGAGCUUGGACAUGACACGUUUUUCAAACAAUUUUGAGGUUUUGGUUGUCUCCACCCUCCUAAAAAAUCUGAUUUCAUAUACAACCUAAAUAGUUUGCCAGCUUUCAGUGGGAUGCAAACUGUUUUCUGUUCUGCACACACCAAUGACCGUUCAAGGCAGGAGAUCAUAACGUUGUAAGAUGAUGCACCUAGACGGAAAGGUGGACUGUACAUGUGAGUGAAUUGGAAAUUUGCAUGACAUGUGCUGACCAACUCUCAUUGAGAGGCUUUAUUCACCUUUGAGACUGCUAGCGUUUACUGGCUAUUGUCCUUUAUGGGUGCAUUGGGAAGUUCUGUGAAAAUGUUUAUAAAUUAGAUUUUCUGUAGUUUUUCUGUUUACUACAGAAUUCAGGAGUGUGUUUUAUGAAUUAUUUUUUGUAAUAAACCAAUAUUUUGGUGAAGAAAAAA